AUGCCCGGCCAAGACGCAGGUACCCCGCGUGUAUUUCUUUACCGUCACGGCCAGACAGAAUGGUCCCAGAACGGUCGCUACACCGGCGUUACUGAGCUGGACCUCACACCCACUGGCAGAAAACAAGUCUCUGCAUCGGGGAAGAUGAUUGUUGGCUCGGGCAAAUUGAUUGACCCGGCCAACCUUGCUCGAGUCUAUAUUAGCCCUCGCAAGCGAGCGAUGCAGACCUUUGACAUUGCAUUUGAUGAUGCCGAUAAGCAGGCAUUACAGAGCAAGGAUAAGGUUACUCAGAAAGAAGAGAGAUUGGCUGAAUGGGGUUAUGGUUUGUACGAGGGGUUGGUGACGAAGGAGAUCCGGGCUCUGAGAAAAGAGCGUGGGCUGGAUGCUGAGCGGCCUUGGGAUAUUUGGCGCGAUGGCUGCGAAGAGGGAGAAUCUGCGCAAGAUGUUACGGAUCGCCUUGACAGUCUCAUUCGGGAAAUCAGGGCUUCUCACAAAGACAACAUGCAUGGUGAAAACCCCUCGGAUAUUGUACUUGUUGCCCAUGGUCAUCUUCUUCGGGCCUUUACCAAGCGCUGGCUUGGAUAUCCGAUGGAAUUCCCUCUGCUUCUUAUGCUCGAGCCUGGUGCUGUUGGUGUUCUCAGUUAUCAGCAUCAUAAUAUUGAUGAACCCGCUCUGUUGGUUGGAUAUGGCUUUCCCGUGGACGAGGAAGAAUGA